AUGGAUAGAACAUGGAUAGUUGCAGAUAGGAGAUCUCGUGAUUAUAAGUUAGGGGUGAUUCAAUUCUGUAAGUUUGCCUUGGAUAAUGCUAGAGACCCAAAUCACAUUAGCUGUCCUUGCACGAAGUGUGGAAAUGUAGAAUAUUUUUCGAUUUCGGUAAUUAGGGACCAUUUAUUUGUAAAUGGAAUUGAUGAGAGUUAUGAUAAAUGGACUGAUCAUGGGGAGGCUGUCGUGGAUUCAGGAACAGAUGAAGAUACCAAUAGCAUGGAAACAGAUUCAGAUCAAUCUGAUUCUGUGCAGUGUAAUGAGGGGGCAGAAUAUGAAGUAGAAUUAGGUAGUGACGUGGAGUUGGAAGAUGAUGAGGAUGAAGGGCUUUCAAAUGAGUGUAACGAGUUUAGACAGUUUGUUGAUGAUGCCAAUAAACCGUUAUACCCGGGUUGUGAUAGGCACACAAAGCUGAAUGUCCUUGUAAGACUUUACAACUUGAAAGCCAAGCAUGGUAUGAGUGAUAUCGCUUACUCUGAUUGGUUGAUUGCCUUUGCAGAGUUUCUUCCAGUAGGCAAUGAGAUACCUGCCUCUGUGUAUGACGCAAAGAAGACCUUGAGUGCUCUAGGAAUGGAUUACACAAAAAUUCAUGCUUGCCCAAAUGAUUGUAUUCUGUAUAGAAAAGAGUAUGUUGAUGAAACUAAAUGCCCUAGAUGUGGUCUUUCAAGGUGGAAAAUAGGUAAAAACUCGAAAGAGAGGGACGGUGUGCCUGCAAAGGUAUUAUGGUACUUUCCCCCUAUUCCUAGGUUCAAAAAAAUGUUUCAAUCAAGUGAAACAUGUAAGAGUUUAACUUGGCAUGCUACUGAUAGAAAACAUGAUGGCUUGAUGCGUCAUCCGGCAGAUGCUGCUUCGUGGAAGUUAGUAGAUGAAAAAUGGCCGGACUUUGGUUCUGACCCUAGAAACCUUAGACUUGCAUUGUCAUCUGAUGGGUUCAAUCCCCAUAGUUCAUUAAGUAGCAAGUACAGUUGUUGGCCGGUAAUUCUUGUGACCUACAAUCUGCCUCCAUGGUUAAUAAUGAAGAGGAAACAUAUGAUGUUAACAUUAUUGAUAUCGGGGCCAAAACAACCAGGAAAUGACAUCGAUGUCUACUUGGAACCUCUAAUAGAUGACUUAAAAAUGUUGUGGGAAGGAGUUAGGGGAGUUUAUGAUGCAAGACAAAGUGAAUACUUUACUCUUAGGGGUUUACUAUUUUGGACAAUAAAUGAUUUUCCAGCUUAUGGUAACCUUUCUGGGAGUAUUGUUAAGGGGUAUAAUGCAUGCCCUAUUUGCCUUGAAAAAACCGAACCUACAAGGCUAGUUAAUGGAGGGAAAAUGGCCUACAUUGGGCAUCGAAGAUUUUUGGGCAGAAACCAUCCGUAUCGAAAGCAAAAGGCUACCUUCAACAACUUCCCUGAGCAUUCACCUCCUCCUGUGCCUUUGACUGGUGAAGAGGUAUUGUGUAGGGUAGAGGAGGAAGUUUUGAAGUGGCCUUUUGGGAAGAAAUAUCCUCAACCUCCGUAUAAGGGUGCCGAGGAUGAAAAUAGGCCUUGUUGGAAGAAAAAGUCUAUAUUUUUUGAACUUGAAUAUUGGAAAUUUCUACCGGUUCGGCACUGCCUUGAUGUGAUGCAUAUCGAAAAAAAUGUAUGUGAUAGCCUAAUAGGGACCUUGCUAAAUAUUCCUGGAAAAACAAAGGAUGGGGUGAAAACUCGGUUGGAUUUAGCGGAACUGGGUAUUAGAUUAGGACUGCAGCCUAAUUUUGAAGGUCCCAAAAAACACCGCUUGCCAUUGGCAAGCUGGAACUUAACUCUAGAUGAAAAAAGAUGUAUGUGUGGGUCUUUUUUUAAUAUGAAGGUUCCUGAAGACUAUUCUUCCAACAUAUCAAAUCUGGUUUCCAUGGAUGAUUUAAGGCUUAGUGGACUUAAAUCCCAUGAUUGUCAUGCUUUAAUGCAGCAACUCCUCCCUAUUGCCAUCCGAGGUGUGCUUGAAAAGCCGGUGAGAAUUGCUGUGAUCAGGUUAUGCCUGUUUUUCAACGAAAUCUGCAGCAAGACUAUCGAUGUGUCAAGGCUGCCAAAAAUCCAAAGCGAUCUUGUUGAAACAUUGUGUGAGCUGGAAAAGUACUUUCCCCCAUCCUUUUUUGACAUAAUGGUUCAUCUAACGGUCCACCUAGUUAGAGAGGUGGAGUUAUGUGGACCAGUUUUCUUUCGAUGGAUGUAUCCAUUCGAGAGGUAUAUGAAGGUGUGUAAAGGAUAUGUUCGCAAUAGAAAUCGGCCGGAAGGUUGUAUUGCCGAGUGUUACAUUGCGGAAGAGGCGGUUGAAUUUAUAGCAGAAACUUUUUUCAAUGAUAAUACUGUUGGCAUCCCAGCUGCCCCAAACAGAGAAGACAAGCCGACCUCAGGAGCUACGGUUGUUAGUGUAUAUGGCAAGUUGUUUGACCAAGCUCAUCUCUGUGUGCUUCAAAACACAGAUGAAAUCAGAAGCUACUUUAGUGAACACAUGGAAUAUUUGAAGAAUGAGUUUCCAAGAUUCGGAAAUAAUAAAAAGUGGCUUACGGACAAGCAAAACAAAACAUUUGCUGAUUGGUUGAAAGACAGGUUGCUGGUCAACUCAGUGAACCAGGUUGUGACAUCCCCGAGAUUGUGA